AUGCCUGGAAGGCUUCAACACAAGGUCGCAAUCAUUACCGGUGCGGGGAGCGGGAUCGGUCUCGAGUCUUCACUCCUUUUUGCCUCCGAGGGCGCUAAUCUUGUCUUGGCUGACAUCAACAUCGUUGCGGUGGAGAAAGUAGCGUCCAUCAUCGAGAAAGAGUACGGGGGUCAGCUUGGCGUAAAGGCUAUUGCUAUCAAAACCGAUGUAUCUGCCGAGGCAGAGGUGAAGGCCACGGUGGAUCUCGCCAUCGAGAAAUUCGGACGUCUGGACGUGAUGUUUAACAAUGCAGGGAUCAUGCAUCCAGCGGAUGACACUGCCCUCAAUACCGAGGAUAGAAUAUGGGAUUUGACGAUGAACAUCAAUGUUAAGGGCGUCUGGUAUGGGAGCAAGUACGCCAUACUUGCUAUGCGUAAUAACAAGUUCGAUCCGGAGCGAGGCCUACAAACCGGUGGCAGUAUCAUCAACGUUGCGAGCUUCGUUGCCAUCGUGGGAGCCGGCACCCCCCAACUUGCUUACACCGCCUCCAAAGGCGCAGUUCUUGCUAUGACUCGUGAACUCGCAAUGACACAUGCUAGAGAAGGAAUCCGUGCUAACGCUCUCUGUCCUGGAUCUCUCAAGACACCCCUUCUUAUGGAUUACCUGAACACUCCUGAGAAGCGAGAACGUCGCCUAGUUCACCUGCCACUAGGUCGUUUCGGUGAAGCCAUUGAACAAGCUCGUGCAGCCCUAUUUCUGGCAUCUGAUGAUAGUUCAUACGUCACUGGCACGGACUUCCUGGUUGAUGGCGGCUUGAGCAACUGUUACACCACUCCUCUGGGUGAACAAGUCAUCCCUCCCCCUGUAGGUCUCGGAGAAAGUCUUCUCAAGAAGUAUGCCUAAAUACUCUUACGAAGUUGUUACAUUUAUCUUAUUGGUAUCGAUUGCUGCCGACGUGCAUGGGUUGUGAUCUGUCACAAUGUUCCACGUACAAAUGUAUUAAGAUAAUCUGUACUUUCCAUAUUGAUACAAUGCAGCGUUCUGUCCAUCCGGCAUCG